UGAGGGGCGACAGCCGCGACAACCGGGAAGAACUCGGCGAAGAAGAAAAGUAGGGGCGACUUGCUAAAAGGGGUGACAUCAUUCCUCAUUUGAAUACACCCCGUCUCGGCGGCGAUUGGCUGUGCGCGGGAAAAGGAGAAAAAAAAGAAAAGAAAAGAAAAGAAAAGAAAGUUCCUUGCCUUUUCCGCUAUUCAGCCCUUUCAAUUUCACCACCGCGCGUCUCUCCUCCGAUUGUCCAUCAGCCCGCCGGUCCAUAGGGGCGUGCGCGUGCGCGCGUGCGUGCGAGUGGGGACGGACGCUCGCGCGUGUGGUGCGCGCACAUACGUACGUAACGUGUGGACCCGCAGAGCGUCGCUUCUUUCUUCGGCGGAGGGGACGUGCAUCACUUCUGCCACAGACAAACCCAGCCACAAAAAAGACCCAAGUUUCCCCCCCCCUCCCUCCUCUCCUCACUCCUCACUUCUCGUCUUUUGCCCAGUUUCAUUUCGCGAUUUGUUUGACUUUUUCUUUUUUUUUUCUUCCGGCCGCGCGGAUCCCAGAGAAAGGGGAUAUCGGCGAACAACUGGGCGUAGCUGGAGCGGAUCUUGCUAGUUGUCUCCCACACCGCAUCGGAUCAGUCCUCACCUGCUCAGAGAGCUUUUAGACUUUUGGCCUUCAUCCUGCAAGAGUCAAGUUCUCAUCCCUGCCGUACAGAGACAGACUGCUGCCACUCGAGGGGAGAUGAAACCGGAUGGGGUUGCUACGGCAGCGCUGGAGCCGAUGGAAACGUUGGAGUCCAAUCCAGUAAAUGAGGCACCGCCACCUGUAGGCGAGGAGUCUAAUCAGGCAGCCAGUCAAGUGGAGGAUGUGACGGGGCAGCAGCCAGCAGGGGAGGUGAGUCAGGGGGAACCCCAGCCUGAACCAGCCAAGGAGACCCCUGCUGCUAAGACCUCAACAGACCCCAAAACCAAGGCCACCAGUAAGACCGCUGCCAAGACAAAGCCUGGCCCAGCUGGCCCAGCCAAGACCGCUCCCGGCUCACGUCCCAACACUGCCCAGAGCCGUCUCACCAAUGGCGUUUCUAAGCCUCAGGCCAAUGGAGUGGCCAAGAAGACCACCACAGGUACAGCAGACAAGAAGAGUGCCCCCAACUCAGCAGCCUCCAAGAAACCACUUGGGACAGCUGGUGCUGCGGCAUCCAAGCCCACCACCAAGGCAAAUGAGAAGAAACCUCCAGGGACCGUCCGCCCCUCUACUGCCCCCACCACCAAUGGUGUGAAGUCUACAACAGCGGCUAAGAAAACAUUGGCCAUGCCUGCUAAUAGUGACAAAACCAGCACCACCACAGCUGCUACCAAGAAGCCUGCAGCUACAAGGCCUGCCUCCGCACCCUCCACCAAGCCUGGGUCUGCCGCUUCGUCCAAGCCCCCAGUUUCCAAGACAACCAGGCCUGCAACUGGCACAGCAUCUCGCCCUGCCCCAGCCUCAACCCGGCCACCUGCUGCCAGCACAGCCAAGAGCUCCACACCUACCGCUAAACCUGCCACCCCUAAAACAACCUCCACCACUCCCAAGCCCACAGCUUCCAAAUCCUCCUCCACCACACCCUCUACUGCCAAGACUCCAGCAUCGCAAGCAUCCAAGUCUACAGCCCCCAUCAAGAAAGAUGCUACCAAACCAACAACCCCAGCAGCCAAGAAACCUGCAGCGUCCCCCCUCACACGUCCCACCCCAGCAGCUAAGUCUACCAAACCAGAGACUCCAAAAUCGGCUUCCAAACCAGACCCCACCACCAAAAAGCCUGCUGCAAGUAAGACUACUGACAGCAAGACACCUACCCGCCCCAAAGUACAAGAGAAUAAGGCUCCCAAAACCUCUGGCUCCAAACCAGCUGCAACCAAGAUGACCAGUCCCAAGAAAACUACAGGAACCACUACCCCGACUCCUGUGAAACGUGCCCCCAAACCUACAGAGGCUGCACCAAAAGAGAGUGUGGAGAUUGCAGCUUCUAUCGCUGCUGCCGCGGCUAUUGCUACAGCAGUGGCUACUAUUGCAAAGCCAGAGGAGUCAGAGCCUCCUGCAGAACUGCAGCCAUACAUGGAAGUCCCUGCUGUGGAGGAGAUGAAAUUGCUUUCCAACCAGGCCGAAGUAGAGACAGCUCCAGAACCAGCAAGAGAACCACCAGUCUCUGAAGUAAUUUUAGAACCAGUCCAAGAACCAACUCCAGAACCAGUGCAAGAGCCUACCCCAGAACCAAUCAGAGAACCUACUCCAGAGCAAAUCAGAGAGCUUACUCCAGAACCAGUGCAAGAGCCUACCCCAGAACCAAUCAGAGAACCUACUCCAGAGCCAAUCAAAGAGCUUACUCCAGAACCAGUCAGAGAACCUACUCCAGAGCCCAUCAGAGAGCCUACUCCAGAACCAAUCAGAGAACCUACUCCACAACAGGUCCGAGAGCCCUCUCCAGAACCAUUCCGAGAGCCUACCCCAGAACCAGAACCAAUGUCCAUCCCUCAGCUUUCCGCCCAGCUGGACUUUGCCCACCAUGAGGGGCCCACUGAUGACUCAGUCCCCUCUCUGGGAACAACUGUCAUGUCUCCUCCCUGCUCUCCUCCUGGUCCUAUGUCUCCAGUUAGGGAGCCAGAGGGCAGCUCUCCUUUGCUGGACAUGCAUGUUCAACAUUACCCAUUAGACCACAGCCAACCACUGGUUCCCUCUGCCAUGGCUCCACAGAGCCCACUCAAUGAGGAGAGGAAAUUUCAGGUGGAAGAGGAAAAUGAGGAGGAGGGAGAAGAUGAUGUAGAAGAGGAAGAAGAGGAUGAGAUGGUAAAGGAGGAUGAGGAGGAGAAGGAGAACCUCUUCAUGCCUACCUCUAAAAGUUCACCUGCAGAUGCCUUCGACAUGAAGCCACAGAUUGACUUGUUGGGAACCUCCCCCAUGGAUGACUUCAGCUGUGGGGCUUUGAUCUCCCCUCAGGAAAAGGAAGAGGCAGUGGAAAAGGCUGACCAGGAGAUCAACGAGGAUGUUGAUGAAGAGGAGGAAGAGGAAGAUGAGCAGAGGCAACUGGACCAUCAGCCUUCGUCCAUGUUCACUGACAUGAGCGGUUCCCAGCCUUCUGAGGAGUUUCAGGUCAGAUCUUCAGGCUUCGGUGUCUCGGUGGGCUGGCAUGGUGACGACAUGCUGUCGGGGGUCGAUUCUGAGGAUGUGAGCAGCAGCACCAGCAGCCAGCAGCGUGGGGUUUCUGACCUGAGCAGCACCCAGCACACCGCAUUGCUGGAGGGUACCCAGAGCUCAGAUGCCCUGGUUGACUCGAGCCUCCGUGGCUCUGAGGCAGAUGGUAACUUUAUGGGGUCUCCCAACAUGGAAACCCUGGCCAAUGAAGAGGAUGAGGAUGAAGAUGAGGAGCGGGUGGAUGAUAUGGAUGUGAGUUCGGAGAGGGUGGAAGAUCAUCACAAGGUGUUCCAGCAGCAUGAACGGGAUGGGGAAGAGGAAGAAGAUGUAGAGAUGCCUAGUGAGGGAGUGACAGAGAGCGGCCUGGAGAGCUGUGGGAAUGCAGACGAAGAUGACUUCAACGAGGAAGAAAAUCUAGAUAACUUCAGCUGCUCUGGUUUUCAGCCUACCGUCCCCCCUGCCUCUACCUGGGCUCAGACCAACCCGUUCUCUGAUCCCUGGGCACAACCCUCCUCGCUGCUGUCUGUAUCUUCUCCCAGCCCUUUGUCUGAUCAUGGUGCAGUGGACUCUGAGACACCCACGCAGUCCCCUGCCCAAGCAUGGCUGGACAGCAGUUACCCGUCUCUGGGGCCGGAGUCAGAACAAGAGCACCAAUCUGCCCACGAAGAAAUGGAGCACUCAGCCCCAGUGGAGGCCCCUGUCCAUCUUGCUGCCCCAGCUGUAGGCAUGUCCCAGUCCAGCACCCUGAGUGGGGCAGCCCUGGCUGCGCACAGCAGCAGUGAGACGAGCACACCAGAAGAACUCCGUGACUACGACAGCAGCUCCGGGGUGGAGUCACGCUCUGACAAGCAACAGACCCCUGUGCCCACCUCGGUCCAGCCCGACAUGGAGCAGGACUUGGGCAUCCACUUGGAGAAAGGCGAUGGAGAGGAAGAGGAGGCUGAGACACUUCCCGCUGACGAGGUUCUGGGUGCGGGACCCCCAACGGCGCCAACCUCUGCCCCCUCAUCUCCCUCCACCUCAGGAGACGAGGCUAGUGACACCGAGGGCGAGAUGCAGAUAAAUGACCCAGAUGCGCCCAUGAUCAUAGACGAUAGCGGCGAGUUUGAUGGUCCCACUCCCACUUGCAGUCUGCCUGCUCUGGAGGAGGAUGAGGAGGCUGUGGAUGCAGCAGCAGGAGAGGGUGAGGAGGACGGAGGGGGUGCCACACCCCAGUCUGCCAACUCUGUGGCAUCCUAUGGCUUCGACUGUACUACGUCCAACUCCAAUGCCCACUCCAUGGCUGAGAGCUGCGGAAAAAGCCCAGGCAUCUUCUCGCUAGAGAACGAGGAUCAGCUGCCAGAGGAGGCCAAGGACCCCUCCCUCAUCAAGGAGCUAACCCUGCCGUCAGCUGCUGCUGCCCAAGUAGAUGACCUGUUGGGUAGGCCUGUGGACCUGAUGCCCCUGGGCCACCCAGGGGAGAGCCAGUCCAGCCUGGAUGACCACCACUACAUGCUGGGAGUAAAGAUGGCGGCAGGUGACCUGGAGGAAGUUGAUCCUUAUGAGCCCGACCACCACCUUGGGGCUCAACACGCUGGAGACGCCAAUGACAGCCAACCGCCCUACUACUCUGCCGUAUGCGAUAAGACUGAUAGCUUUAUGGCAGGUAACGUAUAAGUCCCUCCCACCCCACCUGGAAUGCACCUUUUCCCUGCAUCCAUACCCCUUUACCUGUCGUUGUUCGUAUUCUCUCCAGUUCGGUUAGACGACUUAGAAGAUGAAGAAAAAAAAAAAAAGAAAAAAAAGAAACAGGGGAGUGCAAGAUUGUAGGAAAAGAUGAAAAAUGGACCAAGGGAUGGAAUUAAAAUGACUGUAGCAAUUCUCAAAGUAAGCCUCCCUGUCUCAUAUUAUUGGUCGUGGUUCUGAGUAUAUGGCUUAAAUUCCUUCAUGUACAAUAGCUACUACCAUUUUCUAUUAGAAUGUUCUUUUUAAGUAACACUGCAUAUUCCGUAACCCCUGAUGGGGCAUUGACUGACUGGUCCAAUGUGACUGAGCUUUUAAAACAAAAAGGAAAAAAAAAACACUGAUGGAAUGAAACGGACUACUACCUACCUGUGUAUUUAUCCUACUGUUUUUACCGAUCAAAUGUCAAUGACUUUUUUUUUGUUCGUUUUGUACUUGCUUAUUUGUUUAUAUUUGUUUUGUUGUCAGAACCUGGUCCUUCCAACCUUGUCUACACACACUCCAUAUUCUCUUGCACCAUAGUGAUGGUCGUACGCUCCUUUUCUAAAGUUUGUUUUCUAAUUUCAAAACCGUUUUAGCUAAUAAAGACUAGACAUUAAAAUGGCUCUCUUGCCCUGACAGGAUUUGUUGAUGUGGGUUACGGGAGUAUUAGAUUGAGGUUGGUGAAGUUUUUCAUGUGUGCUUCAAGAGAUCCUAUGCUCCUUGCCUAGGUUAUAGCAUAUCACACGCAGUCACGUACACUGUUUGUUCGAGGCGUUUGGUUUUAGGUGGUCAUGCUUCAAGCCUCAGUUAGUUGAUCAUUUGUGCUUCAGAAGCGACUAACUAGCCUAUUAUUUGUGAAGAGACCCUGCAUCUUUCUCUGUUAAGCAUCACACUCACUGAAAGGUUUCAUAGUGGGUAUAUGGUUCGCUAUUUCAACAGUAUCUUGCAUGUUUGACUAACAAGAAAUUGUGUUCUAUCUGAUAAAUGAAACAGCUUUACUCUAGAGAUGUUCAUCAAUGAAUGGUUCACACUAACUAGGGUUUUUUUUUUUUUUUUUCAAAAUUCCAUUAAAACAUCAUUGCAAGGCA